AUGCGCGUCGCUAGCCUCUGCGUAAUCGGUAUCACCCGCGCAGUCACAUAUUCGUUGCAAGUCACAUCGCAAACAGCCACGACGGUGGCAGGUCAAUUUGAUCGGUUUGCGUAUACGAUGGAAUGCUUGUUUCCGCUGGUUAUGGUCGAGAAUCUCGCCGAGAUCUUGAACCCCGAGAUUAUCGAAAACAUCUUAAUCGAAAAGAGAAAUCCUAGAAUCUAUUGGGGUACGGCAACGACAGGAAGACCACAUAUCGGAUAUUUCCUCGCUGCGCUCAAAAUCGCCCAAUUGCUCCGUGCACAAUGCGACGUCGUUGUCCUGCUCGCCGAUGUCCAUGCCUUCCUUGACAACCUGAAGGCUCCGCUUGAGCUUGUGGAGAACCGUGCUCAGUACUAUAGAAAGAUCAUUACGGCAAUUCUCGAGUCUGUCGGCGUGCCUACCGAUAAGCUUGAGUUUGUUCUUGGCAGCUCCUACCAAAAAAGCCCCGAAUAUGUCAUGGAUGUGUAUCGCUUGUCUAGUUUGAUCUCUGAGGGAGAUGCUAAAAAGGCUGGCGCAGAGGUUGUCAAACAGACCGAGAAUGCUCCUUUGAGUGGUCUUCUGUACCCGGUGCUUCAGGUCCUUGACGAAGAGCACCUGAAGGUUGAUGUUCAGCUGGGAGGUAUGGACCAGAGAAAGCUCUUUACCGCUGCCACGGAAUGGCUGCCUAAGAUCGGUUACCGGAAGCGCGCACAUCUGAUCAACCCUAUGAUCAGCGGAUUGAAGGGCGCCAAGAUGAGUUCUAGUGUUGAAGAUAGCAAGAUUGAUCUGCUAGACCCAGCCGAGAGCAUCUCGAAGAAGAUUCGCAAAGCGGAGGCAGCCCCUAAGGUCGUCGAAGAUAACGGAGUCAUCGCACUCGUGGAAUAUGUUCUCCUACCCGCUGCCGACCUCAAGGGUAAGAAGGAGUUCCGAGUCGAGCGAAGGGAUGAGGAGCUAUUGAUCUACACCGAUAUCAAGCAACUUGAGGAAGAUUAUAAGAACGAUAUCUUAACGCCACAACUGCUUAAGCCUGCUGUAGCGCAGGGUCUUAUCGACCUUAUGGCUCCUAUCCAAGCCGCCUACCAAGCCUCUCCAGAAUGGCAGGAGAUUACUUUGAAGGCCUACCCGCCUCCCGUUGUGGAAAAGAAGCAGAAGAAGGUCAAGAGCAAGGGCACUCGUUACCCGGGUGCCAAGGCGCAGGAGGCCCAAACGAAUGGUGCUGAUUCCACGGAGAAGUAG